UACAGCACACUGCUAAAUGAACAGUCAGUUUGGGGAACAAGAGAAUAAAGGAGACAGAAAGAAGAGAAAAGAAUAUCCUACAGAGAACUUUGAAGGAAGAAAAGCCAAACAAUCUUUUCCAGUGAAUCCUUCGUUUUAGGCAAAAGGAAAUCCAUACACAGAUCGAGAAGUUAUCUGAAUUAUUCCUCUUGGAAUACAUCUGCUGGGAUUUGGAAUAAUAUAUUAUCCUGAAGGCAAGAAAAGAAAAUCACUGUGGCAGAAAUUCAACACACACACAAACUUGAUUUUCAGAAAAAAAAAGAAAGAAAGGAAUUAUUCUGCCCAGAAAUUUGCUGCCUUGGAUACGAAAAAUAUUGAAUUUUCUCAUCCAUUUCAACGCAGUUUUGGACUGCAAAAUAAAAGACAGAUUAGCCUAUCUAUGAACAAAUUAUUCUCGUAGCUCAGGUACAUUUUCUUGAAAAAGAAAUAUUCGUCAACAUUUGUUGAUUUAAGCACUUCUCUAGUCAUAAUAAUAUUUUAAUUUUUUGAAACUUUUUUUUAAGGUGUUUUUUUUGUUUUUUUAAUUAUACUUAGACAUUCGAACUUUAGUAGGCAACUUUUAUCAUUAGUCUUUAAGAGACUGUAGGAAAAUGAUCUGUUCGAAGAUGAUGCUGUGCAUCAUUGUUUUUGCUGCCUCUUGGGUGCACGUGGUAAUUACUCUAGGAGAGAGAUCCCAAGCCGGUUACAAGGAGGAAAUAGUGUUUCCGGAAAGAGUAAACUCCAGCUUCCGUCAGGAGCUACGCUCCUGGCCUGAGAAUAGUUACGAGGAAUCCUCAGAAAUUAGCCUGAUUUUCAAGUUCCGUGCCUUUGGAGAAGACUUAGUCUUGGAUUUGGAGAGAGAUCCUAGCUUCAUCUCAGAAGACUUGACGGUACAAUAUUUGGGCAAAAAUGGACAGUCAGAUGCCAGUGGCCUCUCCGAAUCUGGUAGUUAUUUCACAGGAGCUGUGAAUUCUGACCCGGAAUCUAUAGCUGCAGUGAACUACAAUGGAGCAUCUCUUAUUGGAGUGCUACAGUACCGGGGGGCUGAAUUCCAUAUACAACCAAUGGAAGGGGGAGGACAAAACAGUGCCGAGGGUGUAGGGGCACAUAUCAUCCGCAGGAAAGUGCCAGAGAAGAGCAAUGGACCAAUGUGUAGCGUGGGCCCACAGGUCACCGUGACUGUUAAACAGACCACAGAAGACAAGAAUAAGGCUGACAAGCACCUGGCAUCGGCCGUCAAAAGAUCUAAGCGCUUUGCAUCAGUCCCUCGUUACGUUGAAACAUUGGUAGUAGCAGAUGAGACAAUGGCAACAUUUCACGGGGCAGGGCUGAAACGCUAUCUCCUGACUGUCAUGGCAGCUGCGGCCAAGUUUUUCCGCCACCCCAGCCUGAAGAAUCCAGUCAACGUGGUUGUCACUCGUCUAGUGGUGAUAGGGAAAGCAGACAAAUCCAACAAUUAUGGAGGUCUGAAGAUGACCACCAAUGCUGCUGAGAUGCUGAGGAACUUUUGUGAAUGGCAAAAAGGCCUGAACAAGCCAAAUGACUCUGAUUCAGAACACUUUGACACAGCCAUACUCUUCACUAGGCAGAACCUCUGUGGGCUGUCAACGUGUGACACUCUGGGCAUGGCCGAUGUUGGAACAGUGUGUGAUCCUUCCCGGAGUUGUUCCAUAGUAGAGGAUGAUGGCUUACAGUCUGCAUUUACUGCCGCACAUGAGCUUGGUCAUGUGUUCAACAUGCUUCAUGACAACUCCAAGCCCUGUGUGGAACUGAACCGUGCAUCCAGCAACACCAGACACAUGAUGGCUCCUGUGAUGUCCUAUGUAGACCCAGAGGAGCUGUGGUCACCUUGCAGUGCAAAGUUUAUCACCGACUUCUUGGACAAUGGCAACGGCCAUUGUCUUCUUGACAAACCAAGUUCUCCUCUGCGUUUCCCAGUGCCCUUCCCAGGCAAUGAUUACGACUCGGAUCGCCAGUGCCAGCUUACAUUUGGAGCAGAUUCUCGCCACUGUCCCAACUUGCAUACUGCAUGCUCUUCCCUGUGGUGCACAGGCAGGAUUGAUGGGCAUUUCAUGUGCCAAACCAAGCAUUUCCCCUGGGCAGAUGGCACUCAAUGUGGAGUGGGCAAGACGUGCAUGAAUGGACGUUGCAUUAGCAAAGUGGAGAUGAAAGCCUACAAUACACCAGUUAAUGGAGGCUGGGGGUCUUGGGGUCCAUAUGAAGAAUGCUCACGGACAUGUGGAGGGGGAGUACAGUUUUCUCAUCGUCAAUGCAACAAGCCAGUUCCACGAAACGGGGGCAAGUACUGCGAGGGAAAGAGGACCCAAUAUCGCUCAUGUAACACUCUGGAAUGCCCUGGCAGCACGGCACUCACUUACAGAGAGCAGCAAUGCGCUGUAUACAAUCAUAGAACGGAUCUGUUUAAAGGAUUUCCAUCUCCAAUGGACUGGGUACCAAGGUAUAAUGGAAUUGCAGAAAAGGACCAGUGUAAACUUACCUGUCAGUCUCGCCCUCUGGGAUAUUACUACGUACUGGAGCCCAGGGUUGCUGAUGGUACACCUUGUUCUCCAGACUCCACCUCUGUGUGUGUUCAAGGACGAUGUGUUCAUGCAGGAUGUGACCGAGUCAUUGGAUCUAAGAAGAAGUUUGAUAAAUGUAUGAUAUGCGGAGGAAAUGGAUCCACUUGCUCAAAGACUUACGGAUCCUUCACAAAACCUACAUAUGGGUACAAUAAUGUGAUCACCAUCCCAGCAGGAGCCACCAAUAUACUCAUUCGUCAGAACAGUGGUUCGUCUUCUACUAGCGAUGGUGUCUACCUGGCCUUGAAGAGGCAAGAUGGUUCCUACGCACUCAACGGCAAUUACAUUUUGAUACCCUCAGAACUGGAUGUCCAAGUAGGAGGAGGAAGGACCGUACGCUACAGUGGGGCCACCAAAUCCACAGAGACAAUUGUAGCACGUGGGCCUCUGAAAGAAGCUUUGACUCUUCAAGCUUUGGUUGUCAGUGACCAAAGAGCUCCACGUCUCAAAUAUACCUUUUUUGUCCCCAAACCUUCUUUACGUUCUACCAAUCACAAGAAACCAGUUGAGGACUGGGUUAAACGGAGAGCUCAGAUCUUGGAAAUUUUGAGGAGGAACAGCAAAAAUCACAAAUAAUGACAAUAUGGAAAUGCACAAGAGCACAUAAUUGACUGAGGCAGAAAUAUUCACUUUUGCCUAAUUGUUUUAGGCUAAAUAGGAGAGAUUUGAGGCUACAAAACUUUUAGCUUCUGUAAAAACAACAUCUGGAUAUGAACACUGUGCAAAACAUUUAUUUGUGUUCGCAAAGCUUAAAGGUCAUUUCUAGACGUCUGUUGUCUGAAGUUCUCGAAACCCAUAAGUUGCUCUCUUCUGGGCAAUUUAAUGUUAAAGCUCCAUUUUGCCAUCAGCAACCAAAUAUGCUUUGUAGCUUUCAAAGGAGU